GGAGAGGAGGAGGAGGAGGAAGAGGAGGAGGAGGCACCUGCACUGCCACUCGUUCUCCCCCGCCGCCUCCGUCGGCUCUCCCUCCCUCUCUCUCUCUUCGCUCUCCUCACCCCUUGUUCCUCUCACACCGCCGCCGCUUCCUCGUUAAGAUGGCUGACCCCAGCAGCGACGGAGAGGUACCGGAGAGCGCGCGCGGCUUCGCCCGUCAGGGAGCCCUCCGCCAGAAGAACGUGCACGAGGUGAAGAACCACAAGUUCAUCGCGCGCUUCUUCAAGCAGCCGACCUUCUGCAGCCACUGCACGGACUUCAUCUGGGGCUUCGGGAAGCAGGGAUUCCAGUGCCAAGUGUGCUGUUUUGUGGUCCACAAGCGCUGUCAUGAAUUCGUUACCUUUUCCUGUCCGGGGGCCGACAAGGGACCUGCUUCCGACGAUCCUCGUAGUAAACACAAGUUUAAGGUCCACACCUACUCCAGCCCGACCUUCUGCGACCACUGCGGGUCCCUCCUCUACGGGCUGAUACACCAGGGCAUGAAAUGCGACCACUGUAUGAUGAACAUCCACAAGCGAUGCGUGGCCAACGUGCCGAGCCUGUGUGGCACCGAUCACACGGAAAGGAGAGGACGCAUCCACAUCUCGGCCCAGAUCACCGACGACGCCCUCACCGUCACCAUUAAAGAGGCGAAGAACCUGGUGCCCAUGGACCCCAAUGGCCUCUCAGACCCCUACGUCAAGCUCAAGCUGAUCCCUGACCCCAAGAGUGAGAGCAAGCAGAAGACCAAAACCAUCAAAUGUUGCCUCAACCCCACCUGGAAUGAGAGCUUCACUUUCAACCUCAAAGAAAGCGACAAAGACCGCCGGCUGUCGCUGGAGGUCUGGGACUGGGAUCUGACCAGCAGGAACGACUUCAUGGGUUCAUUGUCCUUUGGGAUCUCAGAGCUACAGAAGCAAGGGAUAGAUGGAUGGUAUAAGCUGCUGUCCCAGGAGGAAGGAGAAUACUUUAAUGUUCCUGUCCAGCCAGAUGGAGAGGACGGUAAUGAGGAGCUACGACAAAAGUUUGAGAGAGCGAGAGUGGGUCCGGGGAAGCCCACCGACUCUUCCUCCUCCUCCUCGGUGUGCAAGUACGACAGUAAUGGCAAUCAGGAUCGCGUCAAGCUCUCGGACUUCAACUUUGUCAUGGUUCUGGGCAAAGGCAGCUUCGGCAAAGUGAUGCUGGCGGAGAGGAAAGGUACAGACGAGUUGUACGCCAUCAAAAUCCUGAAAAAAGACGUGGUGAUCCAAGAUGACGAUGUGGAGUGCACCAUGGUGGAGAAGAGAGUCCUCGCUCUGUCUGGAAAACCGCCGUUCCUCACUCAGCUACACUCGUGUUUCCAAACCAUGGACCGAUUGUAUUUCGUCAUGGAGUAUAUUAAUGGAGGAGACCUCAUGUACCAAAUCCAACAGGUCGGAAAAUUCAAGGAGCCUCAUGCUGUGUGAGUAGAAAACCACACCUUGUGGGGGUUAAUGCUCCCCAAAAUAUCU